GAUACAUAUACAUAUGUUUUUAGGGCUUGGCGGCAAGGUUAUAACGUAAUAUAAAACACAAAGUGCACUAUUGUUGCAUAGUAGCCGUGCGGUGAAACAUUGGUCACAGCUGGAAUUGCAACAAUGGCAGCUAAGGUUGUUUUGAUUUUCUUCUGUGGAUUGAUCAUUGCAGUCAAUUGUGGUGUGCUGCCAUCUGUUAAAGUUCUACAAGGACCAGGAAGCAAAACCACUCUGUAUGGGCCUGAUGGUAGUUCCUUAAAAUCUAAAGCACCUGGUGGUACCGUCCUAACUGACACUAGUGUUCCUGCUGGAUUAGUACCCGCAGGCCCAGCAAUUCUUCCCGCAUCUCCAGAGGUCAUCAUUGGAGAUGGACCUGCGGGUAAAAUCGUUACCAGCUAUACAUUAGCAGGUCCAGGUUUUGUAGCAGCUGUCAGGCCAGAUGCAGCAAUCAUUGCUGUACCUAGUGCUAUCGCAACCGGACCAAUAGGGCCUCUUCCUUUACCCUUAUCGGGUCUUGGCGAAGGAAAAUAUAUUGCUAGCGCAUCGGAGGCUCUGUACGAUGAUGGAUCAUAUAAGGAAGGAAAAUAUUAAAUCAGAUAUGAAAGUUAUAUAGAAAAAAAAGAGAUAACUGCUGAAGAAAAAUGAGAGAGAACGAUAAAGGGGACUGAUAAAUACUUUUGCCCUAUGUUGAAGAUCCUUUUUGAUAAAUAUUAUUAUUAAUACUUUUUAUUAAUAAAUCUGCAUUUUGAA